AGCGGAGUAGAACUUUUGUGCUGUUAAAACUUAUUUAGUUACUCAAUUGUUAUUCUAAGCGACAUUUUACAGAAUAACAGUUACAUCAUGCAUAUCAGUCGCAUUUGUUCUAUAGUGUGUAGACGUCUUAUUCAGCCGACUGUAAGCCCUUACAGAAUUUCUUCUGUUCUCCUUUCUAGGAACCUAGCAACAGCUGCCAAUUAUGAAUUUAUCAAAGUGGAGAAAGCAGGAGAAAAGCAGAAUAUUGGGUUAAUCACAUUAAACAGGAAGAAAGCUUUGAAUGCUUUGUGUGAUGGGUUAAUGAAUGAACUAUCAAGUGCCUUGGAUACCUUAGAAAGUGAUAAAGAUGUGGGUGCCAUUGUUCUUACAGGAAGUGAACGAGCUUUUGCAGCUGGUGCUGAUAUAAAAGAAAUGCAGAAUAAAACAUUUCCUGAUUGCUUUUCUUCAAACUUUCUCGCAACCUGGGAUCGUGUUGCAAGAACUAGAAAGCCUAUUAUAGCUGCUGUUAAUGGCUAUGCUCUUGGUGGUGGCUGUGAAUUAGCAAUGAUGUGUGACAUUAUCUAUGCUGGAGAUGGAGCUAAGUUUGGCCAGCCAGAAAUUUCAAUUGGGACAAUUCCUGGUGCUGGUGGUACUCAGCGACUGACUCAUGCCAUUGGGAAGUCUAGAACAAUGGAAAUAGUACUCACAGGAAAUCAGUUUACUGCUGCAGAAGCUGAGAAAUGGGGUUUAGUAAGUAAAGUCUUCCCUGCUGAUAAAGUUGUUGAAGAAGCAAUAAAAUUGGGUGAAAAAAUAUGUACAAACUCUAAACUCAUUGUAGCAAUUUGUAAAGAUUCUGUUAAUAAUGCAUAUGAAACUACUCUUCAAGAAGGUUUGAAAAUUGAAAAACGUUAUUUUCAUUCUACAUUUGCUACAAAUGAUCGCAAGGAAGGAAUGACUGCCUUCUUAGAAAAAAGAAAGCCAAAUUUUACUGAUAGUUAAAAAGAAGAUUGCUUUGAAAAGAAAGCUGUUUAAUAAUAUUUUGUGAAUUGUUCUUCACUGUAUAUUUGUUAAGAAUUUAUGUAUUUUGUAUGCAUUUAGAAUAUCCAAUUAAAAGUUAAUGACUUUUUUCAUUGA